AUGCAAAACGAUUCUGGAAGGAAUAACCUAACAAACACAACAAGAGCGAUAACACUAAACGGAACACAUACAGCCACAAAUGCUACAACGACAGUACCAGUCAUUACCAUUGCACCACCUGUUUCAAACGACACAGCUAAAAAAUGUUUUUCUGGUGAUAGCCAGAUUAAAAUUGCUGACGGUACUUACAAAUCUAUUGCACAGCUGCAGUUCAGUGAUCGUCUCGCCGGAACGACAGAUAGCGAUUUCGUUUUAAUGUUAGAUAGUGAUCCGAAUAAAAAAACAUCAUUCUAUACCAUAACAACUAAAUCGAGUAAACAAAUAAGUUUGAGUGGAAAUCAUUUAAUUCCCAUUCGAUCAACAUACAAAUAUGGCUCAGAAAUGAUUUACAAAUUCGCGAAAGAAGUCAAAGUCGACGACUCUCUCUUCAAUGAUGAAUUAGGUGAAGAAAAAGUUAUAAGCAUCGGACAAGAAGUAAAAGUUGGCUAUUAUGCACCUCUGUCAGGAUCUGGUGAGUGA